AUGGCUGCAGACGAAGCAGGGUCGGGAAAGACGGAUUUAUUUUACAGAAUGGCAGAUAUUAUUGGAUUGGAACAUUUAAAACCGGCACUGGAUAUAAAUAAUUUAGUCAGCUCAGAACAAAUUUUGAACAAGUUGGCAGAUACGGUAGCCACGUUGUAUACGACUUUGCAGGAAGAUAAAGAUAAAGAGCACAUCGUUACAGUAGCAGCGUGCUCAAUCCGAGCGCAAUAUGAAUUUGAUAAUUUGCAAUAUGGUAUCAAUAGUUCUAAACUUGAAUUGAAAGAAACGAAAGAGCGUUUUAACGAACAAAUUAAUCGCUUGAAAAAAGAGUCAGAGAGCUGGGAACGGCAAAGCGGAAGGCAAGAAAAGGAGAUCGAAAAGUUACAAGCUGAAAUUCAGAAUCUCCGUUCUAAGAUGCAAUGGCAAAACAAGAAACUAGAAGCGGUACAAGAAGAGCUUCAGCUAUCUCGAAGGGACAGAGAGAGUGCCGUUGCCGAUACAGAAUCCGUGGUACCUGAGGACCCCCAAAUGCAUUUUUCAGAAGAACAGUCAGAACCGACAGCUGUCCGAGAUUUGUCAAUUUCUUCGCCGGUAAGGACUCAAAGUUCACAACUGCACUUGUUGGCAAAAUCUUUUCAGCCGCGGCAGCAGGAACCGCAAUUGCAGCCUUCACCAGACCCUUUGCCGCGCACACGAGCGUCCCUAAAUCAGCGGCGGACGCCGCCGCCACAGCCACUGUCGCCACGAGUGACCAUUCUUCAUACCGCCACGACUCAAACGGACCGCCACGCCAGAUAUCCGCCAUUUGAUCCACAGCCGCCAUUGCACAGCAGCAGCUAUGACUACGUACAUCCGCAGCCUCGCCGGAAAGAAAAGCACCGCCUCAAGCCGUUGCCUGGAAACACGCCGAGCAGCAGCGACGAGGAAAUGGAGGAAAUCUACGGGAGAAUGAGACCCUUCCCCGGAAAUGUAUUCCCGCAUGCCUCAUACUGUGGAAUCUUCCAAAGGGGACCCAAUGGUCCUAGCAGAGCUCUUUUAUUUUCAUCAACAGCAUUCAAAGAGACCGAGACACGGUACUCGGAAUGGGAAAAGGGACUCCUUUCCCUAACUCGAGCUGUCAAAGAGGCAGAGAAGCUUCGCACUACACAAGACAUUGUAGUGCAAGGCCCAUUCCCACUGUUGAAAUCGAUCCUUAAAGGAUCUCCUCCACCAGAAGGGAUUGCCCAAAAGGCUACCGUCAGAAAGUGGUAUGCCUACCUGGAGGGAAUCUCACAGCUUUUGACACUGACAGAAGGACCUACAAAGGUAACCAAAUUGCAGCAGCCCAUAAACCCUGAUGGAGCAUUGCUGGGUCAACCAUAUAAACCUUCUCCUAUUCAGGUGGCCCCAGCAAUAACCGCAGACUCAGAUAAGUCAGGAGUGUGGUUUACAGAUGCAUCCUCACGGAGGGUGGGGUUGAAGUGGCACUACAAAGCCGCUGCCUUAGAGAUUAGCACGGGCCAAACCAUCACUGAGGAAGGUGAUGGCAGUGCACAGGUAGGGGAACUGCGUGCUCUCAUGCUAGCAGCAGAGCAUGGAGCAACAACCAUUUACACUGAUUCCUACUCCACGUUCAAAGGCGCCACUGAGUGGAUUUGCCAGUGGGAAGCGAAUCAGUGGAAGGUUUCAAACGUAGAAGUUUGGAGGGCUGAUGACUGGAAAAGGCUGCUGGAGAUAGGCCGAUCCAGACCCCUUCAAGUAGGUUGGGUUAAAGGGCACUCCAAACAGCAAACUCCAGCUGCAACCUGGAAUAAUCAGGCAGAUUACCUAGCAAAAAUAAACAUGGUCAAUGAUGAAAAGGAUGAGUGGUGGAGAUUGGCUGAAUGGCUACACAUUAAAAGAGGCCAUUCAGGAAAGGCAGACCUCUACUACGAAUGUAGAUCCAGAGGAUGGCCAAUUUCUAUGACCACCUGUCAGGCAAUCAUUUCAGCUUGUCCACAGUGCACGGUUAGGCUGAAAGCCAAUCACCCCAACCUAGCACCAGCUCAACACAUCAGAGAAGAUAAGAAGCUAUGGAGCACAUGGCAAAUUGACUAUGUGGGUCCAUUUAAACCCUCACAUGGGAAGAAAUAUAUACUGGUGGGGGUGGAAGUAGUGUCGGGAUUGGUCAUGGCUACAGCAACUAAUGCUGCCACAGGCACUCAGACUAUUGAGGCCUUGAAGCAGUGGUUCAGUUUUUUACCAAUGCCAGAGUACAUCCAGAGUGAUAAUGGAUCUCACUUUACAGCAUCAUCCGUACAAGACUGGGCUAGGGGUGAGGGAGUUACAUGGGUAUUUCAUACUCCCUACUAUCCUCAAGCUAAUGGUGUGGUAGAAAGGUCAAAUGCUUUAAUCAAGAAACAUGCCAUUGUAUCAAGAGGUGAUUGGGAUAAACGUUUAUCACGUGCAGUCUUCAUUGUAAAUAAUCGAUGGGGCAAUUAUGGUAGUCCAAAAAUCAAAGCCUUUUGUCCUAAUGAACCAGUAGGAAAUGUUAAUUAUCCACCAGAUAAAUCCCAAUACCAUCAACACUCACUACACAAGUUACAGGUAGGACAACCAAUAAUGGUAAACUUGCCCUCGAUUGGAGUUGUGCCUAUGACCCUAUCGAAAUCAAAUGGGUUGUACGCAUGGGAAGCAACCGAUGUGAGUGGGAAAACUCAUCGCAUAAGCGCGCGAUGGAUUGUCCCAGACUUCUGAAUUGCUUCCACACAUUUCUUGUUUUGUGGAUGUUUAAUAAAGCUAUUUGUUAUUCAGGGGGUGGGUAUAUAGGGAUUGAUCUGUCUUAAACUGGUUUAGAUUAUAGUUAUGUUUAUGUAUUAGGUACAUUGUUUGUAUGUUUUAAGGUUUAGAGGUAUUGUAUAUAUAUUAGUUGUGUAUAGUUUGUACAUUCCAUUUCUUUUUCGAUUUUCUGGCCUAUGAGCCAGGGGGUGGAAUAUGUCGUGGAAGGGAUCAGAGCCCUUUUGCCUUAUUGCAGAAUUUUCAUUCGUACACAAAAUUGUGGCUCAGAGGCCUUCCAUCGAAAAAGCCAAAACAAUAUUUCCUAUCUGUUUGCACUGACGCAGCUGCUGUACCAGCAGACGCACAGGCCUUGAGAGAAUCUCUCUCUCAGGGAAGCAAAGACAUAAACAUGGCUAUGUUUUGGAAAAAGGGUUCGAAUUCUCAGACACGGUGACCACUCGACAAACAUCUGCUGGGGGCUGACCCCUGGGUGGUUCCAUAAGUUGGUUUUGGUAAGAAUUAGCCAAUUGUAUAGGUUGAUUAUAACUUUGUACCAAUCUGUAAAGUUAACGUGAGUCUGACUGAGUUGGUUGAACACACCUCUUCUGAAAUACUAUAAAAAAUGUACCCACUUGUACCUCUUGUUCCUUACCUCUUGCUCCUUAACUUAACUGGCCCCUUGCUCUCUACCCUGUGCCUCUCUUGCUCGAUACCCUGAUCGCUGACCACACACGCACACACACGCGGCAUUCGCAUCGCAAACAACCAGCUCAAGACUGCACCGUUCCGGACAAGGACCCGAUCCUUACGAGCCCCGGGAGUCAGCAUUCAGCUUGACUGGACCCGUGGAGCCUCGGACGACAUGCCUUAAAAUCCAUACAGACUUUGAAACUUCUCUGAACUGCAUUUGGGACAUCAUUCUGUAUAUUAAAUCUCAACUACGAACCAAGAAUCUACGCGGGAUAAUUACAAAUGAGUUUGGGGAAGGGGAUUUCUAGUGUAUAAUAUUAAAUUACUUAUACCUUUUUACAAAA